AUGAGCACUUCGUCUCCUCCCACUCCGCCAUCCAGGGCCUUAAUAGAUGAUGAACGGCGAUUCAAAACCAUUACAUUACCUUGUGAGUGGGUGGAGGAUUAUCGGCCAGGUGGUUAUCAUCCAGUCGUUCUCGGCGACGUCUUCAACCACCAGUACAAGGUCAUCCGGAAGCUUGGCGAGGGCUCCUACUCAACGGUUUGGCUCGCCCAUGACCUAAAGUAUGUCCAUCUUUCGCAUUUCUACUACCGACGCUAUAUAUCAUCGUUACUCAUUUCGUUUAGUAACAGUCGAUAUGUCGCCCUGAAGAUACUUGUGUCGGAAAUCUCGGAAUCGACAACUGAGCUACGAAUAUUACGCCAUAUCAUCGAAUACGCACCAGAAGAAGGGUCCCGAUAUAUCACGCUACUGCUGGACGAAUUCGAACACCGCGGACCCAAUGGCCUCCACAUGUGCCUGGUACUUGAGCCUAUGGGCCCGAGUGUCAAUACGAUGGUCGAGGAGCUGCCCCAGUUCAAACCUCGUAGGCGAGGAAUGAAGAUCCGCUAUCCGCUUCAGAUGGCAAAGAGUAUCCUUAAGCAAUCCUUACAGGCUCUUGCAUUUCUGCAUGAAAAUGGUAUUGCCCAUGGAGACUUCCAGCCGGGAAACAUACUCUUCCCUCUUAUCGAUGUUGACUCGACCCCUGAGGAAUUGCUACUACAAGAGGAAGAUGUGCAAGCCCGGUCGAUCUCGCCUCCGGUACAGAGGCUGGAUGGUAAACAAGAUAAAUGGGCGCCUCAAUAUCUUUGCGUUGCGCAGCCACUGGUGCCCUUUACUUGCUACGCCGAAGGGUUCAAGGUCAAAUUAUCCGAUAUGGGCGGUGGUCAGUCCCUCCAUUCCUUUUUCUUGACGAAUAUUAAUACUCACACCUCAAUUCCCUGGACAGCUUAUUUCUUUACCGACCCACCAACAAAGCCCGUUACUCCACUCGGUCUUCGAGCUCCCGAGUUGAUUCUUACCGGAGCCGUCAACAAUACCGUUGAUAUCUGGAGCUUCGGUUGCCUUAUUUUUGAGCUAAUUACCGGACAGCCACUCUUCUGUAUACCAUGUUCCGAGAUGGAAGAUGACGAUCAUCUUCUCUCCCUCACCGCCCAGCUCGGUGCCCUCCCCGACGAGUUAUUCAGGCAUUGGACAACCUCGUCGCUCUACUUUACGCCCGAGAGGAAGCUCUUUAAUUGUCAGCUUGGAGGAGUCGCUCCCGGGGAGGAACCGCUUAUAGUGGAGCAGACGUCCAUGGAAGAGUGCUUCGAUCGGGCAGGCCCGGAUCUCGAUGAGGAGGAAGCUAAGAAAGUGAAAGCGCUUAUUCGAUGGAUUUUGCAAUAUGACCCCGGGAAGAGACCUUCGCCUACGAAAAUCUUAUCAGAUCCAUGGUUUUGCGAGAUUGACGUUGAGGACGACCCAUCUAAGAUAUCUAUAGUCUAG